CAAAAUAAUUACUUAAAAAUAUGUCCACAAAAUUUUAAAACCAAAUUAAAUAUAAAAUUAUUAUUUGGAGGCAUUUUUUAAGGCAGUGGUGCACCGUUAAAUUUCAAGCUGCAAUCUUUUCGUAUCUUUCAAACGACGUUUCACGUUUCCGUUCAACCGAUUUUCGUCCGAAAAAAAAAUAAAUAAAUUUCACUCUAUAAGUACAUAAAUAUGCCUUCGCCAACAAGUGCCACACAGAGCACUGAAUCAUUGCCUCCAACUGCCGCUAGCAGCAAGGAUGACUCCACAUUGGAUGCCAUACUUAUACGUUUGGGAGAAUUCGGACGCUUCCAGAUCGUAAUACUCGUACUUACCUGCCUACCAGUGCUUUUCAAUGCCGUCUCGUCGAUCACUUAUAUUUUCACAGCUGCUAAUGUAGCGCACAGAUGCAACAUCACCGAAUGUGACGGACCGCAAAGCGCUUACGAAGAGCCAUGGACCAAAUACGCCAUUCCAGCGAAGGCUCGGGAGUUAGAUCAAUGUCGGCGUUAUGCGCCCAGAGCAAUCACGAAUUGGACAAGAGCUCCUGAGGAUGUACAGUAUUGCACGGCGGAUAGCUUUGAUGGCGAAGUGACGCAGGAUUGCCCUGGCAAUAAUUUUAUAUUUCGAGGCGAGGAAGUAACGAUAUCAAAUGAUUUCGGCAUUUAUUGCGACGAGGAGUGGAAGUUAACCCUGACAGGCACAAUUAAUAAUGUGGGACAAUUUUUUGGCAUACCGCUCGGUGGAUUAAUUUCCGAUAAGUAUGGUCGUCGCAAUGCGCUCGCACUUGGCGGCGUACUCAGCGCCAUAUUUGGCAUUAUGCGCUCUUUUACCACAUCCUACGUGCCGUUUCUUGUUUAUGAGUUCCUCGACAAUGUCGCAAAUAGUUCACUCUAUUCGAUUUGCUUCAUCAUUGGCAUCGAAUUGGUGGGUCCUAGUAAGCGUGUAUUCGCUUGUAGCAUCAUUACAAUUUUCUACGCCAUCGGUGAAAUGCUCUUAGCCAUCGUUUCUAUGUAUUUUCCAAAUUGGCGCAUUAUGCUCCGGAUUUUCUACAUACCAUCGCUAGCCAUUGUAUCCUACUAUUGGAUAUUGCCAGAGAGCGUACGUUGGCUACUGAGUCAGCAACGUGAAACGGAAGCUUUGGACAUAUUGAAGCGUGCAGCGCAAACGAAUAAGCGUCGACUAUCGGAUACAACGCUGGAUAAGUUGAUAUUAGCGAAUCGUGAGAAGCUAAGUAGUGAAGGUGGCGCACGCUUUCCCAUACGCGAGGCGUGCGGAAAACUCUUUUUCCGCAUUGCAAAUUGUUCGCUAUGCUGGGUGGUCACUGUGCUGGUAUACUAUGGACUGAGCUUGAACUCGGUGCUGUUGGGUGGCAACAAAUAUUACAAUUUCAUACUGAUUGCGCUAGUGGAAAUUCCUGGUUUCUUCAUACCUUGCCUCACUAUGGAUAGAUAUGGUAGAAGGUAUUCGCUUUGCGGUUAUAUGCUGCUCAGUGGCAUUUGCUGUCUGUGUACAGUCUUUGUGAACUCAGAACGCUAUUAUCUUCAGCUGAGCUUAUUUUUGGUGGGUAAGCUGGCCAUUACUGCUGCCUUCCAAGUUCUUUACUUUUUCACUUCGGAGAUAUUUCCAACAAAUCUGCGCAAUAGUUUGAUGUCUUUCUGCUCGAUGAUUGGCCGUUUUGGUUCAAUGGUGGCGCCACAGACUCCACUCUUGGUUAAAUAUUAUGAAAAUGCUCCAGCGAUAUUGUUUGCGGCCUGUGCUCUAGUCAGUGGUUGCUUAUCGCUACUUUUUCCAGAAACUUCAAAUACGAUUUUACCAACGACAGUGCAUGAAGCAAAUAAAAUUGGUAGCAAGAAAUCUUCCAAGGAUCCAAAUAGUAGUACAUUUAAUUUAGAGAAUGAGAGUACUUAUAUGUAAGAAAUACCCGUAUGAAUGAAACAGAACGAAAACGAUACAUGUACUUAUGUACAUAUUAAGCCUUGCCACUUUACAAGCAAACAAAAAAAG